AUUUUCCCUCAUUUUAGCCGGAGCAGUAUUCGGCGGCUUUCUGCAACUGUUAUCGGCUACAUCUAUGUUGUUUCUAUCGAAUGUUCCUACUGAUUCUUGGAUUUGUAUCAGAUAUAUACAUCUUCUGAUAAACACUGUGGUCUUGCUGGCGGUAUUGAUGAUGUCGGGCGCUCGUCUGCAUGAAGCGAGUACCGAAUCCGUUACAUUGUGGACGGAUUUAAUUACUGCGCAUCAAAAUUUCCAAAACAAGCAAGCGAUUCACAGUGUAAAAACAGCCGAUUUGUUGCUUUUCUUGCAAAACCGUAAUCACAGACACCACGGCCUGACCUUGGCGGGGUUUGCGACCUUAACAAGAAAUACCGCGGUCACACUGGGCAUUGCCUUUUCUGGAUUUGUCGGAUUUCUAAUGGAAAGGUCGGAAGAUUUCCGAGAAGGGGAACUGGUCUCCGACAUGUUAAAGAAUCUGACAGAAAGUGUAAAGCAACUCAGCCAUGACCGAUGA